AUGAGCAGUUCAGAUGAUCAAAGUGAAAACGCUGGUGAAAAGAUAAAAUUAAUAAAAGAAGAAAAUGAAGAAUUAAUCAGUGUAGAAAAUCGAUUUUUAAAUGAUGAAAAAGAUGGCAAUAUAAAAGAUGCUAAAGAAUAUAUAAAUAAUGAAAAAUUGUAUAUAAAUAGAUUAAGUACAUAUAAUAAAUGGAUAAAUAAACCUGUACAUUUAUGCUCAUUAAUAUUAGCUAGAAAUGGUUUUGUAUGUAAAAAUGAAUCUACUAUAGAAUGUGAAAUGUGUCAAUGUAAAUAUAUAUAUGAAAAAGGAGCAUAUUCUAUGUAUACCCGAAUAAAUGAUUUAUGUUUAUUACACACUAAUAGUUGUCCAUGGAAAAAUAAAUUAAUAGAUUUAUCAUUUUUUAGACUUGAUAAUAAUUCGUUAGACCGAAUAGAAUUACUUAGGGAGUAUAAAAAUAAUUGUGAAAUUCUUAGAAGAUCUUUAUUACAUAUACCUAUGAUAAAUAUAAAGAAAACAAUUAAAGAUAUGAUACUAAUUAUUAAAAAACAUGUAAACAACGAUAAAACAAAGAAAAAGUUUACAAUUUUUAAUUCAUACUUGGAUUUUUUUAAAAAUAAUUUUAUUCCAAUUUUUUUAAAGAAUGAAAAUAUUAUUCAAAAAUCUAUUGAUUAUAUAAAACAAAAUUAUAAAGAUAUGGAAAAAUAUAUAGUAGAUGCUGAUUAUAUUAAAAAUUUAAAUUUUAAUUUAUUUGAUGUAAAUAAUUUUAUAAAUAUUUUGUCUGAUACUAGUGCCCCCCCACAACUAACACAUGAAAAAGAAGACAUAAAUGCUUACAUUAAAAUUAUGCAUUAUUUAAGAACAUAUGAAUAUGAAGAUAUUAAUUUAUUUAAAAUUAUUACAUUAUUAGGAUGGACAUACAAAAAUGAAAUUCAAAAUAAUUCGAAGGAACAAAUUAUUUCAUGUAAAUAUUGUUAUAGGGAGGUAAAUAUAUCUGACUACUCAUAUUUUUCACCAAAUGAAAAAAAAUACAAUUUAUUAAUAGAAGUUAAUUCGAAUGAUAUGGAUUAUUUUUUAUCUGGGUCAUCGAAUCAAGAGAAAGAUGAAAAAAUGGUGGCCCCAAUUUUAGAUCAAAUACUGACUCUAGUCAAUGCCCAUUUUGAUGAGACAGGAGAAAUAAUAUACAAAGAAAUAGAAGACCAUCUAAGUAAAAAUCGGAAUAAAAAAGAGGAAGACAAAUCAAUGGAUGACAAUCAAAAUGAGAAUAAAACUGUAGAAGAUACAGAACAAAUAGAAGCCAAUAAUGAAAAGGAAAAUAUCAGUGAAGAAAAAGAAAAAAGUAAUGAGAGCACAACCAAACAAAGAGAAUCAUUUUCCUUUAAAUCGACAUUAAAAGGAAUAUUUCUUUCAAAAAAAUCAAGUGAUAAUUUAAAGGAGAAUGAAACUGAUGAUAGUAAAUCAGAAAGUGAGAAAGAAACAAAUAAAGAUGACGAAAAAAAUGAUAAUACAAUUAAACAAGCAAGUUCCUUAAAUGAAGCGAUGUUGGAACUAUGCAAAUAUACAGAUGAUGAUAAAUAUUUUUUAAAGGGAAAAUCAAAUUAUUAUAUAUUAAAAGAAUCCAUUCAAGAAAAUUUAAAUAAAAAAAUGACAAAUAAAAUAUAUGCUAUACGAUUAUUUAAUUUGAUAGAAAAUCAUAGAGUAUAUUGUCCAUAUAUUAUGGAAGAUUUAUAUGGUUUUUCAAAAAUUACAAAACUUUUUUUUGAAUUACUUAUGUCUGAGUUUCAAAGAAUGUACAUGUUUAAAUAA